CCUGUGGUCAUAUAACAUUCACAACACGCCGGUUUCCGGUGUCAUGGCGUCUACCGGCGCCGCCAGCAGCGGUUCGCCGUCGUGAAGGUUUAAAUCGCGCCCUCGGCUUUGGUGAAGACAGGCAGAUAAAACCAGUGUAAUUCUGGCUAUGCUGCUGUUGGUAGCGUUGGACAUCUUCUUCUCUAAUGCUGUGGUCACCAGUGAGUGCAGCAACCCACAGCCGUCAGUACCACAGCUCAAUUACAGCAGCAUUUCCCUGGCACCAGACCACAUACCUUACUACCUCUACAACAACAAGAAGGUCGUCAAGCAAUGCAGACUGGACCCGCUCUGUCCUUUUAAAGAUGCUCUGCUGGAUUUGUCUUCCUGUUGGGGUUACGAAAAGAACUGUGAUUCCGAGAAGCGCUUCGGCUAUCCUGUCUGUUCUAAAGCUGACUCUGGAUGGGUCGACUCGCUAGAGGCAGCACAGGAGCUUUUCUGGAAGCAGGCUGAUUUUGGCUAUGUGAAGGAGCGCCGCUCUGAGCUCAAAACAAUUUGCAAGGCGACCAAGCCUGGGGACUCCUCUUUGAGGUGCAGUCGCCAUGCGAGAUUCUGCAAGGCAACUAACCUUUACCUGGACUUGCGAAAACCACGCAGAAGUCAUGAAAGGUACAAGGAGGACUUCAUUCAGAAAGGUGAGAUUGGUGGCCACUGCACACUCAAGCAGCAAGCACUUGCAGCAGCGGGGGAACACAAGAGCCCAUUGCAGUCUUGGUAUGCAGAGCUUCAAACAUACACAGAGUUGGACUUCCAUCCCUUACACUCUGACUCAUGUGACAUCAUCAUUGAAAAACCUACUGUUUUCAUGAAGCUGGAUGCUGGUGUGAACAUGUACCACCAUUUCUGCGAUUUUGUGAACCUCUACAUAUCCCAGCACAUUAACAACUCCUUCAGCUCUGAUGUCAACAUAAUCAUGUGGGACACAAGCUUUUAUGAAUAUGGGGAUUUGUUCAGUGAAACCUGGAAGGCCUUCUCAGAGUACGAUAUUAUUCACCUGAAGACCUAUGAUUCAAAAAGAGUAUGUUUUAAAGACGCCUUUUUCUCCCUCCUCCCAAGAAUGAGAUAUGGCCUGUUCUACAACACGCCACUCAUCUCAGAUUGCUACAGUGAAGGGAUAUUUCGGGCAUUCUCCCAACAUGUCCUCCAUCGGCUUAAUGUACUGCAGUAUGGACCUAAGCCAGGACAUGUUCGUGUCACCUUGCUGGCACGCAGCACAGAAUACAGAAGGAUAUCAAACCAAGUGGAGCUCAUAAAUGGUCUUAAAACAAUGCUGCUGCUGGAUGUCAACGUGGUCGACUACAAACACAAGGAUAUUCCCUUCCUGGAGCAGUUGAGGAUCACCCACAACUCUGACAUCUUCAUCGGAAUGCAUGGUGCAGGACUUACACACCUCCUCUUUCUACCCGACUGGGCUGUGGUUUUUGAGCUGUAUAACUGUGAGGAUGAGAGCUGCUAUCGAGAUUUGGCACGGCUGCGUGGAAUUCGCUAUGUGACUUGGCAGAAAAUGGAUAAAGUAUUCCCACAGGACAAGGGUCACCACCCUACCCUUGGAGACCAUCCCAAGUUCACCAACUACUCCUUUGACGUGGAUGAGUUCAUGCGCCUUGUGUUGGAGGCAGCAGAUUAUGUCACACAGCAUCCCAAAUGGCGACAUCGCAUCAUGCACGAUGAACUAUAGAGUCCUUGAAGGGGUUAAAAAAAAGCUUGCAAUUAGCUGGGAUCUAGAGACUUCUUGUGACUUUGGCAGUGAGAUGUUUUGCAAAAAUUAAAUCAAACAUCUCUGGAUCUCGGUGGUACAUAAAGCUAUCCAAAUUAAGUCACCUCCUGUCCCCUGGAUUGAUGAGUCCUGAUGAGUGAAAGCUGCACAUCCGGUAACUCAGAUGAGACAUUAUCAACUGACACAUCUGGAGAACUAUAAGAAGUACUUCUUCAUUACCUCCGCCACCACUGCUUCAUUCCACACCGAUAAAGUUAGCUAAUGAGCAGCUGUUCCGGUGCCCCAUAGCAUGUGGCCUGUCGUCACAUUUGAUUAGUGUCACCUUGAUUUGAGCCUCCUCAGAGCUGUUGACAUUUUCAUGUAAGAGUUUGAAUACAUCCACAACAUAUCAGUGUCAUAUGCUGGGAUUCUGCCACAUUGUUGCACAGAAGGAUGCUUUUUUAAAAUUAUAAAAUAUUAUGUUUGUGUCGGUAAGCAUCUACAUUUAUAAUUUUUCAACACAGAGAUUGUAAAUGUGCAGGAAAAAUAUUAGUAAAAAAAAAAUCUGACACUCAAAUGCAAUUUUUAUUCAGUGCUAAACUGCUAAGCUUUUUUCACAAUUUAUUUGUACCAUGUGCGUUUUAUUCUUUGUUUAAGUGUCUUUUUUUCUUUCAUAUGUGGAUAUGAUCAAUAUUUGCAGUAGAGCAGUGCUGUCCAAACCUUUACAGACUUUUACAGACCUUUGUCCAAACCAUACAGAAAAAUCACAGGAUGCCAGGGACCAGGAUGCCAUUUUUUUAUUUUGUAAAAAGGCUUGUGUUGGUUUCUUUUAGCUUUUUCCUGAUUUAAAAAUAAAAAAGAGCAUUUCAUUUUAUUUCAGCCUUUUGUGUUUACAUUGUGCCUUCUUCCUCUGUAUUUUUAGCCCAUGCAAUUGUCCACUGUCACUAUCAGUAUCUACUUUGAGUACUUGUACUCCCGGGGGCACCAUCACACCUGAAGUGGACCAGGAAGAGAACUGCAUUGUCUUUCAAAUGACCACACAAUUUAUUUUGUCUUCUGCCUUUUUUUUGUCCACGGAUCUCCACCUCAAACGGACUGAAAAACCACGCUUACACCUUAUAUGCAUUUUAUGGAAAUAAAGA